GCGCCUGCGCCAAUUCUAUUAAACCAAGAACGGACUGGGCUCAAGGGAAGAAGACAGAACGGGAAGAAGAAGAUCAGAGGAACCGAAACAACCUGCGAGAGUGAAAAAGAGACCAAUAGCAACCGUAAAAGUCACGGUUAUCCACCUUAAUUUUUGUUGGUUAAGGAUAGUGCUAUGAAAAUGAACCAGUGCGUGCACGGGAUGAUCUAUCUGGCGGUUCUGGUGGCGUUUGCCGCCUGUGACGCACCUCCGGUACCGUUAGAUGACAUCGUGAUUGAGAAAACGUUCGUGCCGGAGCAGUGCGGGCGCGCUGUGAAAGUAGGGGACUAUGUCCGUUACCACUAUAACGGCAUGUUCCCCGAUGGAAAGAAGUUUGACUCCAGCUAUGACCGCGGUAGCACCUACAAUGUUUAUGUGGGUAAGAAGCAGCUGAUUGAAGGGAUGGACAGAGCUCUGGUAGGGAUGUGUGUCAACGAGAGACGCCUGGUCACCAUCCCCCCACAACUGGCCUAUGGGAAGGAAGGAUACGGUGAUGUCAUCCCUUCAGACGCAAUCCUCCAUUUUGACGUUCUGUUGUUGGACGUGUGGAACCCUGACGACGGGGUUCAGAGUGAGACGUACUACACCCCUGAGAACUGCUCUAGGAAGGUAGAGGUGUCAGACUACGUACGAUACCACUACAACGGAACACUGCUGGACGGAACACUGUUCGACUCCAGCCACACCCGUUUGCGUACCUACGACACCUACGUGGGGAUUGGCUGGCUGAUCGCUGGCAUGGACCAGGGCCUUCUGGGCAUGUGUGUUGGGGAGAGACGCAUCAUCACCAUGCCCCCUUCGCUAGGAUACGGAUCAAACGGAGAUGGUAGUGAUAUCCCAGGCCAGGCUUCCCUGGUGUUUGAUGUAGUCCUCUUGGACCUCCAUAACCCUAAAGACGGCGUCACUAUAACCAACCAGGACAUACCUCAACCCUGCCUCAGGAAGAGUAUAUCUGGGGACUUUAUCAGAUACCACUACAACGGAUCACUACUGGACGGGACCUUCUUUGACUCCAGUUACUCUCGUAACCGUACCUAUGACACGUACGUGGGUAAGGGCUCUUUGAUUGGUGGGAUGGACGAGGGCCUGAUCGGAGUCUGCAUCGGAGAGAGAAGACGCAUCACCAUCCCACCUCACCUCGGAUACGGAGAGGAGGGUACAGGUACUAAGAUCCCAGGUUCUGCUGUCUUGGUGUUUGAUAUCCAUAUCAUAGACUUCCACAACCCAUCAGACACAGUGGUGAUCACCACCAACUAUAAACCAGAGGUGUGUGAGACGCUGGCUAAGAAAGGAGACUUUGUUAAAUACCACUACAACGCUUCACUCAUGGAUGGAUCCUUCAUCGACUCCACGUAUAACUAUGGGAAGACAUAUAACAUUGUGCUGGGAGCCAACCAGGUGGUUCCUGGGAUGGAGGAAGGGCUGAAGGAGAUGUGUGUUGGAGAGAGAAGACACCUGGUCAUACCUCCUCACCUGGGCUACGGAGAGAGGGGAGUGGAUGGUGAGGUGCCGGCCAGUGCUGUCCUGGUCUUCAACAUCGAGAUGAUCGAGAUGGAGGCGGGCCUUCCUGAUGGGUACAUGUUCAUCUGGAACGAGGAGGUAUCAGCUGACCUCUUCACUGAGAUGGACGCAGACAAGGACCUACAGGUGUUGGCCUCAGAGUUCUCAGACUAUAUCCUGCGUCAGGUGAACGAGGGUAAAGGUCGCCUUGCCCCUGGGUUUAGCGCAAAUCUCAUCAUCGAGAACAUGUUCUCCAACCAGGACCGUAAUGGAGACGGAAAGAUCACUGAGGAGGAGUUCAAACUGAAGGCCGACGAGACACCACACGACGAGCUAUAAGACAGACUAGACCCCACACGACGAGCUAUAAGACAGACUAGACCCCACACGACGAGCUAUAAGAGAGAUGAGACCCCACACGACGAGCUAUAAGAGAGACGAGACCCCACACGACGAGCUAUAAGACAGACUAGACCCCACACGACGAGCUAUAAGACAGACUAGACCCCACACGACGAGCUAUAAGACAGACUAGACCCCACGCGACGAGCUAUAAGACAGACUAGACCCCACAAGACGAGCUAUAAGAGAGAUGAGACCCCACACGACGAGCUAUAAGAGAGAUGAGACCCCACACGACGAGCUAUAAGACAGACUAGACCCCACACGACGAGCUAUAAGACAGACUAGACCCCACACGACGAGCUAUAAGACAGACCAGACCCCACACGACCAGCUAUAAGACAGACCAGACCCCACACGACAAGCUAUCAGACAGACCCCACACGACGAGCUAUAAGACAGACGAGACCCCACACGACGAGCUAUAAGACAGACUAGACCCCACACGACGAGCUAUAAGACAGACUAGACCCCACACGACGAGCUAUAAGACAGACUAGACCCCACACGACAAGCUAUAAGACAGACUAGACCCCACACGACGAGCUAUAAGACAGACUAGACCCCACACGACGAGCUAUAAGACAGACUAGACCCCACACGACGAGCUAUAAGACAGACUAGACCCCACACGACGAGCUAUAAGACAGACUAGACCCCACACGACGAGCUAUAAGACAGACUAGACCCCACGCGACGAGCUAUAAGACAGACUAGACCCCACGCGACGAGCUAUAAGACAGACUAGACCCCACAAGACGAGCUAUAAGAGAGAUGAGACCCCACACGACGAGCUAUAAGAGAGAUGAGACCCCACACGACGAGCUAUAAGACAGACUAGACCCCACACGACGAGCUAUAAGACAGACUAGACCCCACACGACGAGCUAUAAGACAGACCAGACCCCACACGACCAGCUAUAAGACAGACCAGACCCCACACGACGAGCUAUCAGACAGACCCCACACGACGAGCUAUAAGACAGACGAGACCCCACACGACGAGCUAUAAGACAGACGAGACCCCACACGACGAGCUAUAAGACAGACGAGACCACACACGACGAGCUAUAAGACAGACCAGACCCCACACGACCAGCUAUAAGACAGACCAGACCCCACACGACGAGCUAUCAGACAGACCCCACACGACGAGCUAUAAGACAGACGAGACCCCACACGACGAGCUAUAAGACAGACGAGACCACACACGACGAGCUAUAAGACAGACGAGACCCCACACGACGAGCUAUAAGACAGACUAGACCCCACACGACGAGCUAUAAGACAGACUAGACCCCACACGACGAGCUAUAAGACAGACUAGACCCCACACGACCAGCUAUAAGACAGACUAGACCCCACACGACGAGCUAUAAGACAGACUAGACCCCACACGACGAGCUAUAAGACAGACUAGACCCCACACGACGAGCUAUAAGACAGACUAGACCCCACACGACGAGCUAUAAGACAGACUAGACCCCACACGACGAGCUAUAAGACAGACUAGACCCCACACGACGA